CACCCCUCUUUUCUGUACUCUCUCCUCCCAGCUCAUUCUCUCCUCCGCGCCUCGGUUUCCGAAAGUGUUUCUAGGAGACGGGCGGCUGCGGCUGCGCGCAUCCGCUAGGUCGGGGGCCAGCUGGUGGGCGGGGUCGCGCCGUGCCGGGUGCGGUAACUCCGGUCGCUGUGGCUUGCACGUCUGUCGCUGCCGCCGUCGCUUUUCUCCCAGAUUCAUGGUGAGCCCGUGAGGCAGGCUCUGGGGCCUUCCUUCCGAAGCGGCCUCGGGAUGGAGCACAUUCGCACAACCAAGGUUGAACAGGUGAAAUUACUUGACCGGUUCAGCACAAACAACAAGUCAUUAACAGGAACACUCUACCUUACUGCAACACAUUUAUUAUUUAUAGAUUCUCUUCAGAAAGAAACGUGGAUAUUGCAUCAUCACAUUGCUGCAGUAGAGAAACUUGCUUUGACCACUUCUGGAUGUCCCCUUGUGAUUCAGUGUAAGAACUUCAGGAUAGUUCACUUUAUUGUUCCAAGAGAAAGAGACUGCCAUGAUAUUUAUAACUCUUUGCUACAACUCUCCAGACAAGCAAAAUAUGAAGACCUCUAUGCAUUUUCUUAUAAUCCCAAACAAAAUGAGGCUGAACGGGUGCAAGGUUGGCAACUCAUUGACUUGGCUGAAGAAUAUAGAAGAAUGGGCAUUCCCAAUUCAAAGUGGCAGUUAUCUGAUGGAAAUCGAGACUACAAGAUUUGUGAAACCUAUCCCAGAGACCUUUAUGUUCCCAGCACAGCAAGUAAACCAAUAAUUGUUGGUAGUUCCAAGUUCCGGAGCAAAGGAAGAUUCCCAGUACUGUCAUAUUAUCAUCAGGAUAAAGCGGCUGCCAUUUGCAGAUGCAGUCAACCUCUCUCAGGUUUCAGUGCCAGAUGUCUAGAGGAUGAACACAUGUUGCAAGCCAUCAGUAAAACCAACCCAAGCAAUCAGUAUAUGUAUGUCAUGGAUACCAGACCUAAACAUCGCAUGCAGAGCUGGUGGGCUUCAAAAAAGGACAUUGGCAGAAUUAUAGUGAGGAUUUCUUCAAAAAUCUGGAGAGAUGAGAAAAUAAGAGAAAGCGAUGAGAGAGCGCGACUGAAUGCUAUGGCUAACAGAGCAGCUGGAAAAGGUUAUGAAAAUGAAGACAACUAUUCCAACAUUAGAUUCCAGUUUGUUGGAAUUGAAAAUAUUCAUGUAAUGAGAUCGAGUUUGCAGAAACUAUUAGAAGUCAAUGGGACAAAAGGUCUUUCUGUGAGCGAUUUCUUUUCGGGUUUGGAGAGUUCUGGAUGGCUUCGCCACAUCAAAGCUGUCUUGGAUGCUGCUAUCUUCUUAGCCAAAGCAAUAGUUGUUGAAAGUGCAAGUGUGCUGGUACAUUGCUCUGACGGUUGGGACAGGACCUCUCAAGUUUGUUCCCUUGGUGCUCUCUUACUGGAUUCCUAUUACAGAACAAUCAAAGGAUUCAUGGUUUUGAUAGAGAAGGACUGGAUCUCCUUUGGACAUAAAUUUUCAGAUAGGUGUGGUCAUUUGGAUGGUGAUCCAAAGGAAGUUUCACCGGUGUUCACUCAGUUUUUGGAAUGUGUGUGGCAUCUGACAGAACAAUUUCCACAAGCUUUUGAGUACAAUGAAGUAUUUCUUCUUCAGAUCCAUGAGCAUGUUCAUUCAUGCCAGUUUGGAAAUUUCCUUGGGAAUUGUCAAAAAGAAAGAGAAGAUCUCAAGUUGAAAGAGAAGACUUACUCCUUGUGGCCCUUUCUUUUGGAUGACCACGAAAAGUACUUAAACCCUUUCUACAGUCCCAGCUCUCAGAAACUGACAAUGCUGGAGCCGAAUACAGUGCCUUUCAACUUUAAGUUUUGGAGAAAUAUGUACCAUCAGUUUGAUCGAACAAUGCAUCCUAGGCAGUCUGUAUUUAAGCUGAUUAUGAACAUGAAUGAUCAAAAUAAGCAACUAGAGAAAGAAAUUAAAGAACUAGAAUCUAAAAUCAAACAUCAGAAAAACAGGCAAAGUGAUACCGUUCUCACCAAGGAAUCUUUGCGCUCUAUCCAUCCUGACUCUCCAACCCUCAAACCUUCCCUGUGUUUUAAGAAGGAGCAGACCAUAUUACCUGUGAAUGAUGCUCUUCGAACUAUAGAGGGCAGCAACACCGCAGACAAUCGUUAUAGUGAAUAUGCAGAAGAAUUUUCCAAAACUGAACCUGCAGUUGUCAGUUUGGAGUAUGGAGUAGCAAGGAUGACCUGUUAAUUAUCAUAGUGAAAUGUAUUUCUUUUUUGGAUGGACCGAAAUACAAGAGAUGGAUUAUUGUGAGGAUGGUCUGUGCUGCAUGACCAAAAGCUAAUUUAUCUGAUGUUAGGUUUUAGAGUAGAAAAGCAUGCAAAUAGCUCUCUUGAGGGGAAUGGCAGUCUGAUUUCAUUUUUAUAAAGGGAUGACAUUUGUGAUAAAGAGAAAUGAGUGGUAUUUGGGGGAUAUUAAUAAAAAUGCAAUUUGCACUGUAGCUUUGAAAACCAAUGUUAGUUUAUAAUGUAUAUGUUCAUUAUAGCUAGAUGAUCCUAUAUUCUCAUGAACAUGAAUAACCUUAAUUUUCUUUGGGGAAAAAAAUCAACAAAAUGAUCUUUUGUUUACUCUGCAACUCAAGGGACACGUGUACUUGUCCACAAAAUUAGAUUCCUAUAAAAUUUGUUAAAUGUUGAUGUUUAAUGCUGAAGUGCCAUGUUAAAUACUCUGAACAGGGCCUUAAUACAAGUUUUUAACUUUGUCAUCCCCUUUAAUUUUUAUAGCUAAAAUAUAUACAUAUAUUUUACUUUUGGGGAGAAGUGGGGGUCAGUGUGAGCCUUGCUUUGUUCAUAAGAACUUUUAUGUGAAUAUAGAAUAUUGUAAGAGUUUUAUGGACUGAACAGUUUAAGAAUUACAAAUGUGUAAAAAUUGAAGAUUUUUCCAUUCCUCUUUUCUUAUAUAUUACCACUUUAGAUCAUUUACAUGUUAUAAUAUAGAUUAUUGGUUUCAAGUGCAUGUGCCUGGAUAUUUAAGACUGUGGCUUGUAUAUAUCAAUUAUUGCAUUUCACAAAUUACCAGCUUGCUGUGGUGAAUUUUCUUCCUUUGGUAACAAUGUGUGAGGUAUAAAGAGCAAAAAAAAUCCCCAACAACCUAUCAUACAUUUUUAUUCUUUAAAGAAAUAAUGAAAAGCACAUUAUAGACUUUCAUUGAAGAAAGGCCUUAUUCCGCAAUAUUCUUCUGUUCUUUGUCAAGCUUUAAGUUAAAACAAAAACUUUUACCAACAGAACAAGAGGUACAGACAGCUUAAGUUUUUACUUAAAAGCAUGAUUUUCAAAACGUAACUUGCUUGUGUAUAGGAUUAUUUUCUUCUCUUUUUAAUGAGGAGAGGGAAAAUUGUAGGAAAAGACUUUAAUAAGAACAGAUUUUGAAAGCUUUCUUUGGUAAGUUUUAUAACAGCUCAUUCAUAGCUAAAAUAGAAUUCUCCUUUAGUGUCUCCUAUUCCUAGCCUUCACAUGCUUCAUCUAAUCAUCAAUGUAUGUUUCCCAAGUAGAAGGGAAAAGCAGUUUUCAAAACUGUACUACUAAAAAUGGUGGAUGCCUUAUUUUGAGUAGUAGUAUAAGCACAAAAAUUAGGAUCUGGUUAUGGUUUCCACAGUGUGUACCAUGUCAUUAUGUGGAAAAAAUAGUCUGAGUUACCGUCUGUACACUAUUACAGAUUUAUUUCACGCUUCCAUGAAAGCAUGA